CUCGAUUUGUCCUUCACUGUCUCGUGUAUCAAACAUUUGCUGAACCCAGACCCCGUUAACAGCAAUACUGCAUUAGCCAAACAAAUCAGUUGAAGAAUUUUGUUAUUCUCUUACGGUUUCUGAUGGCUCCUGCCAAGAAAUCGAAGAAAACGAAGAAAUCGUCAAAGAAAUUGAAGAAAAACAAAAGCGUUAGCGUGGUUCCGGUAGAACCCAGAGUUACCGAACCCGAUUGGUGGGUUAGUUUCUGGCACAAGAACUCUACAACCCCAGGUCUUUCAAUACCAUUAAAUGAGGAAGAAGGUUUCAAGUAUUUCUUCAGGGUUGCAAGGAAGACAUUUGAUUACAUUUGUUCCCUUGUGAGAGAAGACCUUGUGUCAAGGCCACCAUCAGGGCUUAUCAACAUUGAGGGGAGGCUUCUCAGUGUUGAGAAACAAGUUGCAAUUGCCCUAAGAAGGUUAGCGUCCGGCGAGUCUCAGGUGUCAGUUGGAGCUUCAUUUGGGGUUGGCCAAUCUACAGUUUCUCAAGUGACUUGGAGAUUUAUUGAAGCACUGGAAGAACGUGCCAAGCACCAUCUUAAGUGGCCUGAUUCCAAUAGAAUGGAGGAAAUUAAAUCGAAAUUUGAAGCAUUAUUUGGGUUGCCUAAUUGUUGUGGAGCUAUAGAUGCAACACAUAUUAUCAUGACUCUUCCAGCAGUUCAGACCUCGGAUGAUUGGUGUGACCAAGAGAGCAAUUACAGUAUGUUCUUGCAGGGAAUUGUUGACCAUGAGAUGCGAUUUCUAGAUAUUGUAACAGGUUGGCCUGGUGGCAUGAGUGUGUCAAGAUUACUCAAGUGUUCAGGAAUUUUCAGGCUCUGUGAGGGUGGUGAACGUUUGAAUGGAAGUAUAAGGACUUUGUCAGAAGGAUUGGAAGUGAGAGAAUUCAUAGUUGGUGGCGUUGCAUAUCCUCUUCUUCCCUGGCUCAUAACUCCAUAUGAAAUUAAUGGUCUCUCGUCUUCCAUGUGUACCAAUUUUAAUGCCAGGCAUGAAGAUGCAAGGUUGCUUGCAGUGACGGCAUUUUUGCAGUUAAAGGGCAGUUGGAGAAUCCUUAAUAAAGUCAUGUGGAGACCUGAUAAGCGGAAAUUGCCUAGUAUCAUUUUGGUAUGUUGUUUACUUCAUAAUAUUAUCAUCGACUGUGGGGAUCAGUUGCACCCUGAUGUUGCCUUAUCUGGUCACCAUGAUUUGGGUUACCGAGAGCAAUAUUGUAAGCAGGUUGAUCCAACAGGCAAAACCCUGAGGGAAAACCUAGCCAAAAUACUUGUUGCAAAGUAAAGGGAAAAGUCCAGCAAGAUAAUAGGCAAGAUGAUGAGCAUUUGAGGUUGAGCGUCAAUUGUGUUAUGAAAAGGUUCAAUAGGGGUGGACCCCUGAAGAAACUAUGAUUUUUCAUUGCUGAAAUGGAUAUCCUUUACAUACUGAUUGCCAUUUGUUUUUUCAGACGUUAGAGCAGGUUUUGGUCAUGCUGUUGGUUGUUCCGAGUGAUAGUCCAGGUCUAGCUUUAAAAUGAGACUUAAAACUGAGCCUUUUAAGAAUCAUGUCAUUAAUUUUUCUUCCCUGCUGAUAUGGUUCCAGUUGUAGUAAUGGCUCAGCUGCAAUUAUUGACUACAAUGGCAAAUUGAUAUCAAACAAAAUCCUGUUAUGGAAAAUAAAACUUGUUUCUCAACCAGAAAAUGCCAUAGUCAAAGGGAACGAUAGUCUUAUCUCGUACCCAUCAUGGCAUUUGUCUCCCCUAGGUAUGCAAUACGGGUGCCAUCAAAGAUUACAUCUAGUCUAGACUGUUUAGUCUAGUAUCAUUCCAUUUGGAGAUUCAAUUGUCCUGUGUCGUCCUCCAAAACCCUUCUGACAUACAUACUAUAUAUUUUUUUUUAUUUAAAGCCCAAGAACAUCCCUUU